AUGUCUUCGCGCACCGCUGCAGGAAGGAAACGACUGCAGCAACCAAAGCAGCAGAAGACGAGCUCUUUCAAGUCCGCGUUCAAGAAGAAUUUCACUUCUGACGCGAAAUCGCCACCUUCAUCUUCAUCUCUACCUUCGUCUUUAUCGAAUCCUACUGUGCAUCAAACUACAUUCCGACAACCAUAUAAUCUUUCAGACACAUCUGAUCACGAAGACUUUACUCUAGCAGUCCCCUCCACAUCGCGAAUACCUUCCUCUGAAACACAAUGGCAUCCGCAGAUAAGCUCGGGCAGCGGUGCUCUCCACUCCCAUGGCCCGUCAGAAAUCAGACAUAAAGCUACAAGGGCGCCUCCUUCAUCCUACGCUACUGGUCCUACCCACCCGCGCACAUUUGAUCUAUAUCCUUCUCCUCCAGGAUCUGCAGAAGACAUUGAUUUUCGCGGCACAUCCUCCGAUUCUUCAAUGAGGCCAUUUUCAUUGGAACGAAUACCCUCCCCUUCCCCUCUUCUGAAACAACCGGAAUUGCGGUCGGGACAUGUUCCGAUGCGCUAUGGCUCUGCGCCAACAUCAAUGCUUUCGGUUUCUAGCGUUUCAGCGACAGACUCUUCUUCCCAGUCAAGGAUGGUCAGUCAUGCUUUUCAUAGUAAUUAUCCUUCUCCGCCAGAAUCAAACUCCGAUCCUCUUUCACCGCUAAGCUUAAGUCCGGCCAGUGCCGCUCACUCGACCUUACCAAGUUUGAUCUCAGAGUCUUCCUCCGAUUCUGCUUCUACAAGGUCUGGCGGUAUGAGAUCAUCGACGUCUUUGGCAGUGAAUGCUCCGGCAUCCAUUUUUUCUUCAUCUUCUGGUUCUAGUGCAGAGUUGGAACGACCGUCUUCUUCAUCGCCCAGUAAGACCUCGCCGGGUUUCAUUUAUCCUUCAUCUCGCUCAGUGGGGAGGCCAUCCCCCGGCGGCCCGAUAUUCAAAUUCAAGAAAAGGAGUAAGGGUGCAGAGCUGGACGCAGUCACCACCGGUGUAGUUGAUAAAGGUAGCUAUAGCCCACAAAGCCCCGAUUAUCGUGUUCCUUCUCGAGCAACGUCCGCCGGGUUAAGACUAUCUAUGAUAGGACCGUCGUCGAUCUCCACACCCUCAUUGAAAUCCCCACGGUCUUUCGGUUCGGCGAGCAACUCUUCUGGCUCGUCAAUGAAGAGUUCAGACCCGGGCUUCGUUUUUCCAACGACCAGAUCGCGUGCUCAUCCCAACGUCGGGCCUCGGAAGUUUAGAAAGAAGAAGGUUUUGGAUCAAUACGAAAAUGAAGGGGACAAGGCCGCCCAGAAAUUUAUGGGCAUUUCCCUUAAUCGGAAAAAGAAAAGCAGCUCUAGAAAUCAGUUUCCAGCCAUACCAGAAAUUCCUCAAUCUAACGAUACUAUAUCGCAUGUUGAUCCUGAUACCCCUACACCUACUGCUGCUGAGUUUGGAGAGGUUUAUACAGCGGCGCAUAGCAGUGAAGCAGCAGUCCGGAUCCCCUCCAAGCUUGGUACUUAUCCUCUCGAUCCAUAUGAUUCGACGCUUCUCGAUAGCGACAAGUCUACUUAUACACUCCUUCGGCGUCUUAAUUCCACUGAUACGCCUUCAUUUUGCCAUUUUGGGAAUGAUCCUCCCUCCAGUGUAUUAGAUCUUGGAUCAGGGCAAGGACAUUGGAUUUUGGAGGCAGCCAUUCACUGGAAAGGUUAUGGCACCCAUUUUACAGGCGUGGAUAUUGCAGAUACUAUGAAAGUGCUGCGUCCACUAGCCAUAAAGCAUGGCGUUGCCGAAAACAUUAAGUUUGUACGGAGCAAUUUCCUGAAGCAACCACUUCCCUUUCCUGACCAAUCUUUUGACCUUGUUCGUAUGGCGAAUCUGACUUAUGCCAUAUCGUAUGACAAAUGGGAAUAUGUUUUGGGAGAAGUCUGUCGAGUUUUAUCGAUUGGAGGACGUUUGGAAUUAAUUGACGACCACAUUUUCUUCCCCUACGGGAAACCGCUAUCGUCACCCCCGACACUUCCGCCGAUGAAUUCUGAAGCUCAUCGCAGAAACAGACCGUCAUCGCAAGAGCGACAUGACCCAGACUUGUUCGGAGUCGGAGCCGACGAUGAAGGGGAUGCGUCUGAUACUGCAACCUUAAAUGGGAACAGAGCUGGUCCUAGACCGCACCGGAAUGCAAGAUCGCCACCUCUGGGUGUCACAACGCCUGCAGCAACCUCCGCAUUUGUCAGUGUACCCAAUGUCGAAUUCCAGUACUGGGCCGAACAGGUGGAUGCGUCGCAGGAGCUAGAGGCGCUCUUCGAACAGAUGAUGAAUUUCCGAUUCGGGAUCCAUUUAUGUCCUUCCGAAUUCAUUCAGGAGAUGUUAUCCCAAAUUUUUGGUCAUUCGAGGGAAGUUAGGACCAUGCAUCUCACCACAGCGCUCCACGAUGCACGACCAAUUACUCCUACAAACACCUUUCCUGCUGAUUCAAAAGAAUCUUUCCCUGCUCAACGUACGCGCGCAUCGAGUUCUCAUGCACCUGAUAUUGAUGUAGAACCUGCGGAUCCCAAUGAACACAAUCCGCUCGAGAUUUCGCCUGGGCUUGUACUGUGGCCAUCUACUCUACUUCCAAUGUCCAACACGGAGCUACAGGCACAUGCCAUGAAGCAUCCCCGUAUUCUGCUAUCCUCCAAGGCAGCCUUAUCUGAUCACGCUUCAGAAACAUUGGAUAUCGACACGGAGGACGAUACGUUCAUGGAGGCUAUGUGGGAAUACGAAAGCUUCCUGAACUCACGGUUGAACCCACCACUACCAACGACUUUGAACACCUUAUUAGUGCCUUUUUCAACAUCCUCUACCUCGGUGGAUACCGAACGUGGCUUCAGACGGGAAAAUCGGCGGUCUGAAUCAGACCAUAAUUCUAUCUACUCCAUGUCUUCUGUCACUAGUGAUGCUCGUUCUGCCAUGUGGGACUACGAUUUUGAACUUCGACACCAUUUCGCAUGGUCUAUGGAAGAUUCUCAAGCUACGGCAAAUAGCUCCAGGGCCAGGCGUAGUAAUUCGGCCUCUCCACCUCAACACAGUACUCCCAUAUCGGAAUCACACCAGUCUAUCGACAGAUACGAGAGGAUCCGAUCUCCAAGUGUUAUUUCGGAGACACGAACCAUAUCAUCAUAUCUGCCGAGCUUUACAUCGCACGAACCAGCCAUGGUUCCGAGCCAGACACGAAGAGAAAGUAUGGCUCCUCCAGAUUACAGCGCCACGGAGCCCACACAUGUGCGAACAUUCCACGUAUAUGAAGCGAUUAAGAUGGACCCAGCACUAUUCACACCGAACUAG